AUGAUUCAGGUCACUCUCGUUCCCUAUAACAAAAAUUCCUCCUUAUUUUCUUGGUUCUCAGUGGCAGCCCUGUUAUCUGGGUCAAUGGAUGGAUGGAAUCACUCUGUGGUGUCUGAGUUUGUGUUUCUGGGACUCACCAAUUCGUGGGAGAUCCAGCUCCUCCUCCUUGUGUUCUCCUCUGUGCUCUUUGUGGCAAGCAUGGCUGGAAACAUGCUCAUUGUGAUUUCUGUGUCCAGUGAUCCUCACUUACAUUCCCCCAUGUACUUCCUGCUGGCUGGUCUUUCCUUCAUUGACCUGGGGGCCUGUUACACUAUUUCCCCCAAGAUGAUUUAUGACCUUUUCAGAACACGAAAAGUCAUCUCCUUUGGAGGCUGCAUCACUCAGAUCUUUUUCAUCCAUGUCAUAGGUGGUGUGGAAAUGGUGCUGCUUAUUGCCAUGGCCUUUGACAGAUAUGUGGCCAUCUGUAAGCCUCUUCAUUACCUGACCAUCAUGAGCCCACAGCUGUGCAUUUUUUUCCUGGCUUCUGCCUGGGCCCUUGGUAUAAUCCACUCACUGUUCCAAUUGGCAUUUAUCAUUGAUCUACCCUUCUGUGGCCCUAAUGUUUUGGACAGCUUUUAUUGUGACCUACCCAAGCUCCUGCGACUGGCCUGCCGAGAUACCUACAAGUUGCAGUUCAUGGUCACUGUCAACAGUGGGUUCCUCUGUGUUGUAUCUUUUUUGAUACUUAUUGUCUCUUACAUCUAUAUCCUGCUUACUGUUUGGAAUCAUUCCUCAGGUGGUUCAUCCAAGGCCCUCUCCACCCUGUCAGCUCACAUCACUGUGGUUUUCUUUUUCUUUGGUCCCACCAUGUUCGUCUAUACAUGGCCACAUCCCAAUGCCCAAAUAGACAAAUUUUUGGCUCUCUCUGAUGCAGUUCUCACCCCUUUCCUGAAUCCUGUCAUCUACACACUGAGGAACAAAGAAAUGAAGACUGCAAUGAAGAGAGUUUUCAGAACACUAGUGAUUUUUAGAAAGAUCUCAUAA